AUGAUUCCCCGUUCCCUACGAGCCGUUCCUAUCCGUCGGCCGGUCUUUCAACAGCAACCAACAUCAGCCUUACUGCUCUAUCGACCGCUUCAUUAUCAAAAUGGUUUGCUCCAGGUUCAUAGAGUUAAAUUCAAAAAGCGACCUUGGAUGAGGAGGUUCUGGUUUAAUUUUGCCCUAUAUUUUCUCGCCAUUACGGCUUGGGACAGGAUAGUUUGGAAACCGUUGACGGCCUUUCUUGCCGACGAAGAAGAAGACGAAGAGGCAGAGGCGAUUGAUCCAUCGCAAAAUGACCAUGAUGUUAGGCUGCUACAAGGACAUGAUGAACACGAUGAAGAUGUUGAAGAUUUUGAGGAUGCUGGAGGUGUUGAAGAGGAAGACUUAACGCUAUUCAUUCCUCUAGCCAUUCCUCGCCCUUGCGUGGGACGGUCAUAUUCACCGGACGAUCCCGAAUUAAAACAAUUGACCAAGCUCUUAAAGGAUAAGGACCUGGCCAAAAGCCUUAGAAGGGAGCUAUCGGAUAUGGUUCUGAAAUCUGCAACAAAGGAUUCGAAGAUGAUGGGAUUAAUUGGCAGUUCGAUAUCAAUCCACCAAACCAUGUUUUUUCCAUUAUCCUUAAAUAUGUCAAGGAUAGAAUACGUGAAUCUCGGGCUCGAAAUUGACGAUGAUGGCGGUGUGGCUUCGGUCAUACGAAUGAUGCCAUUUGAAGAGGGCAAGAGAUUCCGAAACAUCCUAGUACCCGAGAAGCUCUUUCUGGCCCUUGUUGGCGCAGGCAAGCUGUUUCUGAGACUGAAAACGGCAAAGCUUACGUCAUUUUUUGGCAGUCCUCAAGGAGAGACCGAACAUCUGCAAGACGUAUCGCCCCCUUCAGGGUUGAGAGAUACGGAUUCACGGCUGAGUUUGCCGGAAGUGCCGAAAGACUACCGGCCUGGUUCCCUGCAGGAAAGCCUUCCGAAAGUCGAAAAUCCUCCGCAACUUCGCUCAGAGCAAUCACCAUUUCAAAAUAUCAUCUAUUCGAUACCGAAACCAGACCCUGAUUUUGUCGCGGCUGCAAAAGUUUUCAGUGCUCUCUAUCAACGCCUAGGUAAUGUCGGCUUACAGUCCUCGCCACAUUGUGUUGUAGUCGAGGGCUUGGUCGCGCUGAAGGGUACUAAGGGACAGUGCACUAUUUACAUUAAAGGUGCAUAUAAUACUUCGGAAAGACAGUGGAUUGGUUUCGACGCCAGCGUAAAAGACCUUUCCACCUCCACCACAUGA